AUGGCGAUCACAGACGAGCCACCAUCCGUACCAAUCGUUCCCCCUACAGCGAAGGUUGCCAGCAUUAAGCCUCCGAGGACAUGGCGCCCUAGGCAGGAUGGUUAUCCUCGUGGAAUGGCGGUCGUUUCGGUCGAGCCAAAGGCCGCGGCCCUGGAGAAAACAGAUGAGGGUAUCAUCGACGUCUACCACGAAAGGGACCCCCCUUUUUCGGCCAACGGUUAG